AUGGGCCCCUCGUUGCGCUCUAGGAUUACUCUCUGCCUGGCCAUCACCUUGGCUCAGGUGAUCGCUGUUACCUGCCAAGAAGAUAUCAAGAACGGUUUCCACAUGCUCACUGCUGCUCUACUUGACUCAGACAGCUGCACAGAAAACGGCAAAACCUACUCCAACAAUCAGAUAUGGAGCCCAGAGCUGUGUCGAGUCUGUGUGUGCGACAUGGGGGCUAUAAUGUGUGAGGACGAGGUGUGUGAGGAGCUAAUUGACUGCCAGACGGCUGUGACCCCAGAGGGCGAGUGUUGCCCUGUGUGCUCCACUGCAGCACCGGCACAGAGCACAAACCCUAAAGCAGAUUCGUGCACAGAAAAUGGCAAGACCUACUCCAACAAUGAGAUAUGGAGCCCAGAGCCGUGUCGAACCUGUGUGUGCGACAUGGGGACUGUGGUGUGUGAAGAGGUGGUGUGUGAGGAACUAGGGGACUGCCAGACAACCGCGGCCCCAGAGGGCGAGUGUUGCCCCGUGUGCUCCACAGCCGCAUCAAGUCCUCCUAGCAAGGACCAAGCAACUGAUUCCUGUUCAGACGAUGGCAAAGUCUACGCCAACAAUCAGAUUUGGAACCCCGAACCGUGUCGUGUCUGUAUAUGUGACAUGGGCACGGUGGUAUGUGAGGACGUGGUGUGUGAGGAUGUAGGUGACUGCCAGACCUCGGAGACUCCAGAGGGCGAGUGCUGCCCUGUGUGCACGGCUGCAGCACACCGCCCUUACACAGAUACUGAAGCUGAUACCUGCACAGAAAAUGGGAAAGUCUACGCCAACAAUGAAAUGUGGAACCCGGAGCCGUGUCGGAUCUGCGUGUGCGAUAUGGGGACCCCUAUGUGUGAGAAGGUGGUUUGUGAGGACCUCGGCGACUGCCAGAAAACUAUGACCCCAGAAGGCGAAUGCUGCCCCGUGUGCUUGACUGCAGGAUCAACAUCCAGCCCCAGCACAGACCCAAUAACAGUUGCAGAUGAGAAUAAAGGUGAAAGCUGCACAGUGGAGGGUGAGCUCUACCAACACAACGACAUCUGGAAACCCGAGCCUUGUCGCAUGUGCGUCUGUGACAACGGCGUCGCCAUCUGUGAUGAGGUGCAGUGUGAAAUCCUGUCAAACUGCGAAAAGGUCGUCACACCUGAGGGGGAGUGUUGCCCCGUGUGUGACACCUUCGCCAGUGCCAGCAGGAUGAUUGCAAUCAUGGGUUACAAGGGACAGAAAGGUGAACCUGGUGAUAUCCCAUAUGUGGUGGGGCUACCUGGACUCUCUGGACCUGCGGGUCCUCCAGGAGCUCAGGGACCUACUGGACCAAGAGGCUUUAAAGGUAGACGGGGAUUCGCAGGGCCUCCAGGAUUUGAUGGAGAGCCCGGUGUUCCAGGAAAUCCAGGAGAGCCAGGACCCCCAGGCCAGCCCUCCCCCCCUGGGGGCCACCUGGCAUCACACAUGGCUUCAGGCUUCAAUGAGAAGGCUACUAUGGCUGGGAUGAUCUCAGGAUCAAGGGGUGAGGCAGGACCACGAGGACCUCCAGGGCAAACUGGAGCACCAGGCCCGAGCGGUGGUCAGGGAAUCCCAGGAGAGGCCGGAGAGCCAGGACUCAUGGGUGAGCCUGGUCAUCGAGGACCAGAGGGCCCUUCUGGAAAACCUGGACCUGAUGGAGAAUCUGGACCUUCUGGUGCACCAGGAGAAUCAGGAUAUCCUGGAUCAGCGGGUGCAAGAGGAUUCCCUGGUCUUCCAGGUCAUCCAGGACUGAAAGGUCACAAGGGUAUGGCUGGACUUCUCGGUUCAAGAGGCGAGUCUGGACCAGUUGGUUCCAAGGGUAAAUCCGGUACUCCCGGUUCAAUGGGUCCUCCAGGCCCAGCGGGGGCCGCUGGCUUGCAGGGAGAAAGAGGCAGAGGUGGCCCAACUGGUCCUCCCGGAAAACGUGGAGCUUCUGGCCAUGUUGGUAAACCAGGUCCUCUGGGUCCAAUGGGUAUUCUCGGUGUGCCAGGUUUCCCCGGUAACCCAGGAAUGAAGGGUGAAGCCGGCCCCACAGGUGUGAGAGGAAGUGCAGGACUGCAGGGACCCAGAGGUGAUGGCGGUCGUGUCGGAACAACCGGCCCCACUGGACAGCAGGGUGCUGCAGGUUCUGACGGAGCUCCAGGUGCCCGCGGACAAUCAGGUAUCGCAGGUGUCCAGGGUCCAGCAGGGAUGCAAGGCCCAGCUGGUCCACCCGGCCCACAGGGAACUACAGGAGCAUCAGGACCAAAAGGCCAAUUGGGUGAUGGUGGAGUGCCAGGAUUCAAAGGAGAAGCCGGAUCUAAGGGAGAAAGAGGUGACCACGGUGCUCCAGGCCAGUUAGGCCCAAUGGGAGAGGAGGGGAAGCGUGGCCCCCGAGGUGAUGCUGGGUCUAUCGGUCCUGCCGGGCCUCCAGGAGAGUCAGGUGCUCCAGGAAUCAGAGGUUUCCCCGGCGCAGAUGGUUUACCAGGCCAGAAGGGUGCUCAGGGUGAAAGAGGGGUGUCAGGAGUGUCUGGCCCCAAAGGUUUAGACGGUGAUCCAGGACGCACCGGAGAGCCUGGUUUAACUGGAGCUCGGGGUCUGACAGGACUUAUUGGCGCUCAGGGAUCAGAAGGAAAGCAAGGACCAAUGGGCUUAUCAGGAGAGGAUGGGAAACCAGGGCCUGCUGGCUCUACCGGAAACCGAGGCUCCGUUGGACCGAUGGGCCUGCCGGGACCAAAAGGCUUUGCUGGUGAUGCUGGGAAGAUUGGAGAGGCUGGCACCUCCGGAUCUCCAGGUCAAAGGGGAGUGCAUGGAAAAGAUGGAGAGGAGGGCGCUGCUGGUCCACCUGGCCCAGCUGGUCUUGCAGGAAAGAGAGGAGAGCAGGGACCUCAGGGAGUGAGCGGAUUCCAGGGUUUGCCUGGACUGCCAGGUGGACCUGGAGAACCAGGAAAACCAGGUGCUGAGGGUCUUGCUGGAGAGGCAGGAACUGUUGGUGGUACAGGUCCAAGGGGAGAAAGAGGUGCUCCAGGAGAGAGAGGAGAAAUUGGACCCAAUGGGCUGCUGGGACCUAAAGGUAGUCCAGGUGGACCAGGACCAGAUGGGCCAAAGGGUAGCGCUGGUUCACAAGGGAGUGCUGGAGAACCAGGAGGUCCAGGACUUCAGGGGAUGCCAGGGGACAGAGGCAUUCCAGGACCUUCAGGCCCAAAGGGGGAUGCUGGCUCUGUUGGAGACAAAGGCCUUGAGGGCAAAGCAGGAGCUGAUGGUGCUCGGGGUCUUCCAGGUUCUGUUGGACCUGUUGGUCCCAGUGGACCCAACGGCGAGAAGGGUGAAACUGGACCAGCAGGACCCACAGGUCGCCGAGGGUCAAGAGGAAUCGCUGGUUCUUCCGGUGAGCCUGGUCCAACUGGUGCUGUUGGUUUCCCUGGAACUGCUGGUAUAGAGGGUAAGCCUGGGGUCAAAGGUGACACAGGUGAUCCUGGCAAUAAGGGAGAAGUAGGACCACCUGGAGCACAGGGGGUGAAUGGGAAACCUGGAUCUCAGGGGCCUGUUGGUGUGACUGGACUUAAAGGCGGCAGAGGAACACAGGGUCAAACAGGCGCUCCUGGUUUCCCUGGCUUACCUGGAGGAAUUGGACCAGUUGGCUCCCUUGGUGCUGUUGGGGCUGACGGGCCCAUUGGUGCUCCAGGAAAGCAAGGUCCUGCUGGAAUUCGAGGAGAAUUUGGAGCCAAUGGACGUCAAGGAGAGAGUGGACCUCCAGGCCCAGCGGGCAGCGCUGGAGAGAAGGGAGACUCUGGAGAGGAUGGUCCUCCGGGUCCUGGAGGCCCUCCAGGACCUGCUGGCACCUCAGGACAGCGAGGUGUUGUGGGUCAGCCUGGACUCAGAGGAGAGAGAGGCAUGCUGGGACUUCCAGGUCCUGCUGGUCCACCAGGAAAACCUGGGGCAUCUGGAGUUAAGGGAGGCACAGGGCCUGCUGGUGGAGUUGGUUUACCAGGAGCCACGGGACCAAGAGGAGACGCCGGCCCUGAGGGUAUUGCUGGAGCAGAAGGGUCUCCUGGUAAGGACGGUCUCGUAGGAGAAAGGGGAGACAGAGGUAAUCCUGGUCCAGAGGGUCUGGCUGGUGGCACAGGUUCUCCAGGAAAUGAGGGUCCAGUCGGAACUACAGGAAGUCCAGGAGACAGAGGAGAAAAUGGUGCCAUAGGCUCACCUGGACCCCAAGGAGCAUCUGGAGUACGAGGCAAAGUGGGCCCUCAAGGACCCCAGGGAGAGAAAGGAGCACCAGGAGAGCAGGGAGAGAGGGGCCAGAAAGGACACAGAGGAUUCACUGGACUCCACGGUUUGCCAGGAAAUACUGGUGCCACAGGGGAGGCAGGAGCUACAGGUAUUACUGGACCAGCUGGGCCUAAGGGUCCUCCAGGAGUGGUCGGUCCUCCUGGGAAAGAAGGAAACAUCGGCCAGCCUGGACCAAUGGGCGCCCCUGGAAGCAGAGGAAGCAGUGGAGAACUUGGGGCACAGGGUCCACCUGGAGAAGAAGGACCCCCAGGCCCUCCAGGUCCUCCCGGACCUCCCACCGCAGCUGUGGAUGACCUCUACGCUGCUCUACUCGAUUAUGACGGGAAUGGUGGCAUGCCGGAAGCUUUGGAAUUCUUAGAGGACGAUGUUGCAGCUAACUCUCCUCCACUUCCUGAAUUCAACAAAGAUGAAGCCCUUCCCAAUAAGAUCUCAGACACCCUGCGUGCUGACACUGGCGUCCACGCCACACUGAAGACCCUCAGUGGAAAUCUGCAAAACCUUCGCAGUCCUGACGGCAGCAAGAUGAACCCUGCGAAAACAUGCCAGGACAUCAAACAGUGCUACCCUCAGAAAAAGAGCGGCGAGUACUGGAUUGAUCCAAACCAAGGAAGCACAAAAGAUGCCAUCAAGGUCUUCUGUAACAUGGAAAGUGGUGAAACUUGCAUCUCUGCUAAUCCAGCCAACAUUCCCCGCAAAUCAUGGUGGACCGAAUCCAGUCCCAGUGCCAACAAACCUGUGUGGUUUGGAGCCAAUAUGAAUGGUGGAACUAGAUUCCGCUAUGGGAACAUGGAGGACCAGCCAAAUGCGGUGGCGGUUCAGCUGAAGCUGCUGCAGCUUUUGUCCAGAGAGUCGCACCAGAGCAUCACUUACCAUUGCAGGAACAGCGUGGCCUACAAAGACGAGAAGAACAGCAACCUAAAGAAAGCUCUGGUCCUCAGAGGCUCCAAUGGCCAGGAACUGAGAGCGCAAGGCAACAACCGUCUGCGAUACACUGUCAUUGAGGACGGCUGCUCGAACUCAAACGGUGAGUGGGGCAAGACUGUGAUUGAGUACAGGACUCAAACUUCUGCCAGACUUCCCAUCAUGGACUUGGCCCCCAUGGACAUUGGAAAGGCUGAUCAGGAGUUUGGCCUGGACAUCGGACCUGUGUGCUUCUCAUAAGACUCAAAUCCCCAAUGCAACAUGGACAGAAAUAUCCCUUUUUUAGAGGAGUAACAUCAUCAGCAGAUUUUAUAGAAUAUGGAUAAAUGACUCCUCUU